AUGUGUCAAAUCAACAGGCCAGCAAUGGAGGAAGAUAAAGUCCAUGCUUAUGCUUCCCCCAGGCCACUAAUGUCAGAAGAUUCGAAAGCUGAAGAAGGGAAGAAAUCCAAUCCCUCAUCUUUCAGUGAGGUUCUGGGUUUGCGGGAGUUAUUUUGUCCCCAGGUGUGGAGAGCAUCUCUAGCUGAGCUUGUUGGCACAGCAGUGCUUGUUUUUGCUAUAGACACGAUUGUGAUCUCCUCCAUUGAGACCAAGACCUCAGCACCAAACCUUGUCUUGUCAAUCCUUGUAGCAAUCAUCGUAACGAUUCUCUUGAUUGCUGCCAACCCAGUUUCCGGAGGCCACAUCAACCCCGUCAUCACCUUCGCCGCGGCACUCGUCGGCAUCAUUUCCUUUUCACGCGCUGCUGUGUACAUUUUCAUGCAAUGCGUCGGAGGGAUUCUAGGUGCCUUUGCACUCAAGGCUGUGGUCAAUAGUAGCCUUGAAGCAGCAUUCUCGCUUGGAGGUUGCACCCUAACCGUGGUUGCUCCAGGCCCACAAGGGCCCGUUACGGUCGGGAUCGAGACGGGCCAGGCCCUUUGGCUCGAGAUUAUUUACACAUUUAUUUUCCUCUUUGCUUCGAUAUGGAUGGCGUUCGACCACCGCCAAGCCCGUGCCUUGGGUAAGGUUAUGGUCCUCUCUAUCGUCGGAAUAGUGGUGGGUAUUCUCGUGUUUAUUUCGACCACGGAAAACACCGUAAAGGGUUACACCGGAGUCGGGAUGAACCCUGCUAGAUGCCUCGGGCCGGCGAUCGUUCGUGGUGGCCACCUCUGGACCGAGCACUGGGUAUUUUGGGUGGGGCCCACUAUCGCUUGCUUCGCGUUCUACUUGUACGUCAAGCUCAUUCCCCGUCAACAUUUUAAUCAUGGAGAGGGGUACAAGUAUGACAUCUUCGACUAUAUGAAGAGUCUUCCCAAGUAG